UUCCCCUCUUCCACCAGAGUGCGGUUGGAGGGUCCCUGCAUGCACGGAUAAUAAAAACCCCUUGAUUUUUCAUGAGAGCUGGAUCCUUGGGGCCUUCUUUGCGACGGUGAUCUUACAUUUGGAGGCCCCAGUGAGAUCUGUCCCCCCCCUCGCCAAGGGAGUCCCCAUCGGCCACGAAGUGUCUCUCAGGUCCCGACAGACUCUCCAACCCGUGUUGACUUCAAUCCACCAGCUGUUUAGACUAGACAAAAACACCCGGAUCUGCCUUCAGAGACACCUCUCAAGGUGCUGAUCAAGCCAGGGACUCUGGUCUUGGUGCAAUGUCACCACCGUGACUCCCUCGAACCCCGCUGGGAAGGACCUUUCACCGUGGUGCUCAGGACCCCUACUGCCAUCAAGGUAGCAGAAAAAACUGCAUGGAUUCACUACACUCACCUAAAGCCACUGGAAACAGCGGACAACGAGGGACUUACUCAGUAGACUACAUAACAGACUGGCUUUAUAAGUCAGCUCGUCAGGAGGUAGCAGAAGCCAGCAGCUCAGCACAGCGAUCUCUCACCUGGCCCACAGCCCCGGGAGCACCAGGAUGUCACAGACCAGGCCGUCCCUGCUGCUUCUACUGCUUGCCAUCCAUGGUGCCUUGGCCCUGAAGCUCUGCUCCUUCAACGUGAGGUCCUUUGGGGAAAGCAAGAAACAAAACCAAAAUGCCAUGGAUGUCAUUGUGAAGAUCAUCAAACGCUGCGACCUCAUGCUGCUGAUGGAAAUCAAGGACAGCCACAACAGGAUCUGCCCCAUGCUGAUGGAGAAGCUGAACGGAAAUUCAAGGAGAGGAACAACAUACAACUAUGUGAUUAGCUCUCGGCUUGGAAGAAACACAUAUAAAGAACAGUAUGCCUUUCUCUACAAGGAAAAGCUGGUGACAGUAAAGGACAACUACCUCUUCCAUGAUGAAGACGCAGACGUGUUUUCCAGGGAGCCCUACGUGGUCUGGUUCCAGUCACCCCACACUGCUGUCAAGGACUUCGUGAUCGUACCCCUACACACCACUCCAGAGACCUCUGUAAAAGAGAUUGAUGAGCUGGCAGAUGUCUACACGGAUGUGCAGCGCCAAUGGAAGGUGGCGAAUUUCAUUUUCAUGGGUGACUUCAACGCUGGCUGCAGCUAUGUCCCCAAGAAGGCCUGGAAGAACAUUCGCUUGAGGACUGACCCCAAGUUUGUAUGGCUGAUUGCAGAUGAUGAGGACACCACGGUCAAAAAGAGCACCAGCUGUGCCUAUGACAGGAUUGUGCUUCGAGGACAAGAGAUUGUCAACUCUGUAGUUCCCAACUCAAAUGGUGUCUUUGACUUCCAGAAAGCUUAUCAGUUGUCUGAAGAGCAGGCUUUGGAAGUCAGCGACCACUUUCCAGUUGAAUUUAAACUACAGUCUGAAAGAGCCUUCACCAACAACAAAAAAUCUGUUUCUCUGAAGAAGAAAAAAAAGGCCAAUCGUUCUUAGAUACAAGGGCACCAUUUUAUCAACCAUCUCCUGCAACUGGCUCCAACAGUAUGAGCUGCUCCCUGUACUCUGAGAAAAGAAAACCAGUCCAGCUGCUUUUAUUUUCUACUUGAGUUAAUUCUGCCUGAGCUAAGCUAGAAGGAGCGUCUUCUGUUAUCUCUUCCCAGCUUCUACUGUCUCUGGACUGCCCAAAAGGAAACGUUGGCUUUCUCAGUCCAAAAAGAAGGCCUUCGUGCUGGGAGCUAGAGCCCCACAUCCCUGGGUAUACUAGCUCCCUCCCUACUACCUCUCCAACACAGGAGAGGCUGCAGAGGACCAGCAUCAGCCUCCAGUCCUUGCAAGAGGAGCUCAUUCCCAAAAAUGAGCAGAAACACCAGGCCCCAGCUGCCCCGCCAAUGGUGAACUGUUGUAACUCUGCCUCUUCAGUCUGAGGCCAGGCCACCACCAGAGCUCACACCAAUGGAAGGAGACAAGGAGACGGCUUACAGCUGGCCUGCCUGUCUCCAAAUUGUCCUCAGCCAGCCAGGCCAGUAACCACCAGUGUAGUGUCAUCCUGUGAUGCUCCAUUCUGACCACUCCCACCCCUGCCUAGGACCCCUCAGGACUCUGUCACCAUGAAUGGCUUCGCUGCCUGGCAGCUCACCCUAUCCUUGCCAGCAGGACCACCUCUCCCAGCCCCUCCCAGGUCUUCCCUCCCUGGGGCUUUGGCUCCACCCCAUGCCCGACUCUGUCCUCGAGCCUGGACUAAACCAUUUUCUAUGCCUGCACUGCAACACUGACCACAUUUAACUAGUCGUAGAGCUGGUACUAGAGCUCCUUAAAGGUUAUAAUGUGACAAAGGCUCCACUAACUGGCUGAGACCAAAAGAUUUUAUUUUUCUGCAACUUCUGUGCAUCCAGCCACACAGCAUCACUUUGCCCCCUACAAUGUGUCCAUUUUUGUGUAUUUUGUUGUUUUCCCUGAUAUUGCUUCUUGACUCAGGUAGUGCAUGAACAUGGUUUAAAUAUACACACAGUACUCAAGAAGCAGCAGCAAAAAAGAAUACCGCACCCUUGCAUUUCUUCUAGUUUCCUGUCUCAGAGAGAGCCCCUCUCCCCAGCUUGUGGUGUUCCAUAGAAAACCUGUGCAUACAUGAGUACCAUAGGCAACCCUGAAAAAUACAAAGUCUGGCAUACUGUGUGUAUGAUUCCACUUCUUGAUUUUUUUGUUUGUUCGUUCAUUCGUUUUUUUCAGGGACAGGGUCAUUGUGAUGACUGGAACUUCUGCCAAUUAAGCUGCACCUCUUAAAGGUCCCAUUGUCUCCUAAUAGCACUAGGAGCUGGGGACCAAGUUUUUAACCAUGAUCUGUUGGAGGAGAUUCCAGAUCCCAACAGUAACAGCCUGAUGUCUGCAAUUAUAUAGCCUCUGACUGAAGGAAUAAAAUCCAAAGAGCUCUGAAUAAGCUGGAGAAACCAUCUUCCCCAAACAUUCAUUUCACCUCUGAGAUUUCAUUGAUGGUUUUUGCCCCGUUCAUCUCCAGGAUUUUAGGAGAUGGCCAGGGUGUUAAGAGUUCUCUCACCCCUCUUUGAAGGUAGGACUCACUGUCCCAGAAAACCUUCCAGUUUCCAAGGCCCCUUUGUUUAUCCAGCUCAUUUACAAAUGAGCUUGGUUAUUCUUUUUUUCCCCAAAGCACUGAAAUCCCCACCAGCCAACAUGGCAAGAGCUCUGGCCACAGGGCUUGGAACCUUGCCGAGUGAGGUAGCAUGGAGAAGGUGACAUGUCACUAAAUGCCCAUGGCUGUUACUUGAAGUCAGCAUAACCUGAUGCCCUGUGGCUUCCUCCUCAAUAAAGCAAACUGCACCUCUCCUCCCCAGGCAUCUGCCACCUGUUAUUCUGGCAGACUGUGGCAAGCUAGAGGCACAUUACGGGAUUGUCCUCAGUGCUCAUAACCUGGUAUAGCUACAAACCUGCCACACUGAUGGGUCUGGCCAUUAAGAAACACUGGUGUUUGGGGGAGAGGGCUAUGCCCUGGUCACACUCAUCCUCUAAGCACUGGCUUUGUCCUGAGGUCCUGAAACUUAGCAUACACCCCAAGCUCUGGAAACUAGUUUUCAUGAUAACUCCUAGCCUCUAGAUGCCUGAGUCUGUCUCAACAGAGCUAGACCAGAGCCCAGGUACUUGCUUUUUUAACAAGCACCCUCAUCCAACUCAUGUUUGGGUGUGUUCAAGGAAGAUAAACUGAAGAUCGGACUUUGAAUCCACUUUCCCAACCAUUCUUAGUGAGAAGAUGGGUAGUAUGGUGACUUUCUUUCUUUCUUUCUUUCUUUCUUUCUUGUUAUUCUUGUUUUGAGAUAGGGUCUCAGUGUGUAACUCAGGCUGCUUUUAAACUCACUGUGUAGCCUUGACUGGCCUCAAACUCACAGUAAUUCUCCUGCCUCAGCCUCCUGAUUUCUGGGUUUACAGAUAAUGCACUGCCAUAGCUGGCAGCAUCGUGACUUUAGGCUCACGUCUGUGUCUGUUAGCUGCUCUGGAGUAGGCUGGCUACUUACCUUCAGUUUCCAUGUUUGCAAAUGAUCGUAAGAGAAUCUACCUUAUAGGGAAAGUUUAAGUCAGGGGUGGAUGUAAAUCUUUGAAUGCCUAUUACCUAGUGAAUCCUCAAUAAAUGGAAGCAUAUUUUUACCUAUAA